GGGCGUGUGGGUUUGGCUCUUCAAGCCUUCAGUUCAGUCGGCGGGAGCAGAGCGGCUAGUCAAGGCGCGGCGGCUAAAGAAGCCAGCAAGCCGAACCGAGUAACGGACCACUGAGACAUGCCCCAUGACUUUUGAGAACGAAUAACAGAUCACAGAGACGCCAAAAAUGACAGUGGAUUUUGAGGAGUGUGUCAAAGAUUCGCCCCGCUUCAGGGCAAACAUUGAAGAUGUCGAGACAGAGGUUGUGGAGAUUGAGGCAAAACUGGACAAGUUGGUGAAGCUAUGUGGUGGCAUGAUAGACGCUGGGAAAGCCUAUGUCAGUGCCAACAAACUUUUCAUCAACGGAAUUCGGGAUCUGUCGCAGCAGUGCAAGAAUGAUGAAAUGAUCUCGGAAUGCCUGGAAAAGUGUGGUGAAAGUCUUCAGGAAAUCAUUAACUACCACAUAAUGCUUUUUGAUCAAGCUCAGCGUUCAGUCAAGCAGCAGUUACAGCACUUUGUCAAAGAGGACGUGCGCAAGUUCAAGGACACAAAGAAACACUUUGAGCGUGUGCGCGAGGACCUGGAGAUUGCACAAGUAAGGAAUGCGCAGGCGCCCAGGAACAAAGCCCACGAGGUAGAGGAAGCCACUUGCGCACUCAGCGUCUCGCGAAAGUGCUUCCGUCAUCUGGCCUUGGAUUACGUUCUGCAGAUCAAUGUCCUUCAGGCCAAGAAGAAAUUUGAGAUCCUGGAUACAAUGCUGUCCUUCAUGCAUGCCCAGUACUCCUUGUUCCAGCAGGGCUACAAGCGGCUGGAAGAGAUGGACCCCUACAUGAAGAGGCUGGCUGCUGAAUUGGAUCAGCUGGUGAUUGAGUCAGCCAUGGAGAAGAGAGAGUUAGAGCACAAACAUGCGACCAUCCAGCAAAGGACACUCAUGCAGGACUUUGCCUACGAAGAAUCCAAGGCUGAGUUCAACUUGGACUCUCCCAACGGGGUGGUGAUGGAAGGUUACUUGUUUAAGAGAGCCAGCAAUGCCUUUAAGACGUGGAACAGACGCUGGUUCUCCAUUCAAAACAGCCAGCUGGUUUAUCAGAAGAAGUUCAAGGACUCUCUGACAGUGGUGGUGGAUGAUCUCCGUCUGUGUUCCGUCAAACCCUGUGAGGAUAUUGAGAGGAGAUUCUGCUUCGAAGUUGCCUCCCCGACCAAGAGUUGCAUGUUGCAGGCCGAGUCAGAGAAGCUAAGACAAGCUUGGAUUCAGGCUGUCCAAGCCAGCAUAGCCUCAGCCUACAGGGAGAGCCCUGAGAGCCUCCGCAGCGAGCAUCUAGACAGAGCGGCGUCGCCAUCCACGAGCAGCCUGGACUCGGCCAGCGAGUUGCGAGAACCCGGCGGCCGUGGUGAUAGCAUCCUGCAGAGGAUCCUUUGCCUGCCGGGCAACCAACAGUGCUGCGACUGCGGUCAGAUCGAGCCUCGUUGGGCUUCCAUCAAUUUGGGGAUUCUGCUGUGCAUCGAGUGUUCUGGCAUACACAGAAGUCUCGGCGUUCAUUGCUCCAAAGUGCGCUCGCUAACGCUGGACUCGUGGGAACCGGAGUUAUUAAAGCUAAUGUGUGAGCUGGGUAACGGUGUCGUCAACCACAUUUAUGAGGGCUCUUAUCACGAAGGACAAGGUGUCAGCAAAGCGACAGCGUCCAGUUGCCGACAAGAGAAGGAGGCUUGGAUUAAGGCCAAGUAUGUGGAGAAAAAGUUUAUAAAGAAGCUGACUGCAGUGGCGAGUCUCAUCAACGGCGACAGAAAGUUGACGCGGCGCUGGAACGUACAGAAGUGUCGGAGGCACAACAGUGCCACCACGGUACCGAAGACAAGGCGGAGAUACCGACAGGAGCCUCGCAGCACUUCGCCAUCCAGCCUCUCUUCAGGUUCUGUCAAGUCCAAACGAGAAUCCUUAUUUUGUCCAGAUGAACUGGAUUCCCUUUUCUCCUACUUCCACGCCACAUCUGGACCUCGAAGCCUCAGCAGUGACAGCGGUUUGGGCAGCACUGACGGUAGCACUGACUUUUUGGUCCUGGGACCGGCAGUGGAUAGCGUGACAGAGGAAAAUUGCGAGGCGUCUGAGGACUCGAGUGGCGAGGCUGAUCCAGACACGUCGGACCCGGAGGACGCCAGAUACCUUCACCCUGGGGCACUUCUGUAUAAAGCCGCCAAAGCUCGUAACCUUCCCGUUAUGGCCGAAGCUCUCGCGCACGGUGCGGAUGUCAAUCUGGUGAACAAGGACGAUGAAGACAAAACUCCCCUUAUACAAGCUGUGAUUGGGGGUUCCUUACUAGCCUGCGAGUUUUUACUUCAAAAUGCUGCUGAUGUUAAUCAACGAGAUGCAAGAGGGCGGGGUCCACUGCAUCACGCCACCUACCUGGGCCACACGGGGCAGGUGUGUCUAUUCCUCAAAAGGGGUGCAGCCCAGAAUAAUGGUGACGAGGACGGUCAGGACCCGUUAAGCAUUGCAGUACAGCAAGCCAACGCUGACAUAGUCACAUUGUUGCGACUGUCCAGGAUGAACGAGGAGAUGCGUGCAUCGGAAGGAGGUUUCGCCCAAGCAGGGGAUGCCACGUACCUGGACAUCUUCCGAGAGUUCUCGCACAUGGCGUCCCACAAUCCCGAGAAGCUGAAAAGGAGAAGCGUGCACUUCAGGCACUCCUUCAGGUAGUCAAUCCAGGGGACCACCUUUGACCUGUGACUUGGACAAAAUCAGCCACCUUAUUUUUCCUUUUUAAUUUUCCAGUUUUAUGCUUUAUUUUGUCCCUGAGGAUUUGCAGGUCAUAUCCUUAGAGGGAGUGUUCAGUUUUGUGAGUGUUUACAAACAGAUAGCACUUGUUUUCUCUCUUGCUUUGGUGCAUCCUGAAUUAUCAAACCAACCAAAAGUACAGUAUUAUUUGACAGUAUUCUGUCUAUCAUACUCUUAUUUCAAAUUCAAAACAAAUAUCAAAACUACCCCUGCAUGGCUUAGAAAUACAAAAGGUUUGCCGAUUCCGAGCAGUCUAUGUUAAAAUUAUUUUUACAUCAUUUUUUAAAGAGGAAAAAUCGUAAUGUUAUGCAAGUAGACAUAAUUUUAAAGCAAAAGUUUGGUAUACUCAAACAUUUUUUGUCAUAAGACAUCCUUUCAUGAUAGUACAUUUUAAAAAAGCAUUUUCCCAUCAGAUUUAUAAGAACAUGAACAUGUUUUAAUUGUUUAAGUGAAGAAUUUUGUUAUUGACGAACAAAAACUGAAAUGGUGAGUUCGAUAAUGCUCAUUCCCUCUGACCCAACCCAUUCAAGAUUGAACAAAAAUGCACCUGUUACCCCCCCCCCCCCCAAUCCCAUUCAAAAUAGCUGCAAAACUGUACUUCACUUGCAUGAAAUCUGGCUGUUUUAGUCAAGAUUAUUCUGAAGUAUUUUUUCAAUGAAUAGGUUCCCUAUUAAGAAUCAACAUUUAUUAUUUUUUUUUAUAAGCUCAUGGCUUCAAAGAACUUCUGUAACACAAAAUUACUGUCCAGUUUUCAAUUUAGAAAAUUCCCAGAAUUUAACACCCUGUACAUUGAUAUAAGCCGUAUAUAUACCACAACUACUUGGGCAAAUGUACUGUCAACAAUGUCCCAUUUCAAAUGAGAUGCAAUAAAAUGUCAAUAAACAAAAAAACACAACACUUUUGUCUUGUCUUU